AUGGCGUGGAAUGGAGAGAAAAGAACGGAUACUUCUGCGGAUGAGAGCACGCCGUGUGCCCUUCCCGAUCCGCCGCCCAUGCUGCUCGAUACCGCGGCAUCAUGCAGGGAGGGGCUGGAAGCCUACACGUCCUGGUGGAUUCAGAGCAUUGUAGAAUCAGCCAUAACUGAAAUGGACUCCAAGGAGUUUCUUCGUAAACACAGAAUGGCUUCCAGUGUAAUGGAAGAUGUGUUGGAGUGGUUGGUGACCAUGAACACAAGCCUUUAUGACCAACCCUUUAUGUCAUCUGAAGAUAAUCUGGAGGAGCUCAGGUGCAUGACUCCAACCUCCACUGACACACUGGUGUUUGAGGUACCUCCUUCCCCGAGACGCAACUCUAUCCAGCUCACGGACUACCAUCCAGCAUCAUCACUGACCUCUUCUGUGGAUUUGGCAAACUUGGAGCCCAAAGUUGAAAGCAAGAGCUCCCAUCCACAGGAGAUUGGACAUGGUGUGAGCUUGGGCAGGAAGAUUGAAGCAACAGUCCAUUCCCAAGAUCGUGUGUUCACUCCUUCUUACUUCUCCAUCAAGAACAUUCAGAUGACUCAGCAGGUUCUUGCCUUGGAAGGGGAAAUAACCUUGCAUUAUAACCAUAUGCACACGGAUCACCUACCCACACCCAUUCCUGAUGAUCGUCUGGUAGCCGUGCGCUCAAAAUGCGAUAAUCGGUGGCACAGGGGCCGUGUCACUGACCUGGCUGAGAAUGGCACCGUUAACAUCUUCUAUGUUGACUAUGGCAAUUUUGAGCUUGUGGCCCAUGAAGACAUCAGGCCUCUUGCUUCUGACUUCAAGUAUCUUUCACAUGCAGCUAACAUUGUCUCACUCAGGAAGGUGCGACCUAACUUUGGGUCCGAGUGGUCUGAGAGGGCAAUCGACCAAUUCUUCCACCUGGUCUUCCAGAAGCUCCUCAUAGCUGAAAUGUUCCCCUCUCAGAGUGGGAUCACCAAUGUCCAGGUGGAUCUCAUUUUGAAGGAGGCUGGGGUCAACGUAGCCGAGGAGUUGGUGCGGAUGGGCUAUGCCGAGUUCCAGGGAGAGGCCAAGCCACCCCAAGACACAUGGUCCAUUGCCUCUGUCCAGGGCUCCGUUUUCUCUAGUCGGGCCCCAUCUGUGACCAGAUCUCAAGCUGGAGGUGAUCCUCAGGAUAGUGUCACUGGUAUGCUGCAGGAGAAUUGGUCCAACAUUUCUGUGGCUGGAUCCUGGACCUAUCCUCCAACCCCUGCUGUUUCAUUAAGUGGGGGACAAGAUGCAGAUGAGUUUGAACGUAGCAUGAAGACAGAUAAAUGGAAGGCAGCAGUUCCUGGCAAGGUGUCACCCCCAGAGCACCUCAAACAGUCCCCUGUGACACCAUGCAAGAAGGAAUGUUCACUGGACUCAAUUGAGCAUUCCCAAAUCGAUGAACCGCUUACUCUGGAGAGCAUGGUGCCUCCCUCAAGUGCCCCAGCAGAACAGAUUGAAAAUGAUGAAAGCAGGAAAGAUGUGACUGUAGGGAAUUCUAUUUUGGAUUCCCUGCCUGUGGAGGGGAGGUUAAGGCCAAAUCUCUCAACUGUGUCGCUGGUGGGAUCCCAAGACCGCAGUGAAUUUGAUCUGGACAGGAUGAAAGAGGACUAUGAGGAGGCAGAACUCGUGCGAGUGGUUCCACGGUUAUUGAAGCCAGAGGAAGAGUUUGAGAUGGUAACCUUCCUGAAGAUCGCAGAGCUGUCAGAACCAAAUGGGUCAAAUGUUGUGUUCUCACACGUUGAGUCGCCAGGUGACUUCUCUGUAUACGAGGUCAAUGAUAAAGUCCUCCAGGUGGAUAAUUUGAGGGAGGAAAUGCAGAACUUCUAUGCUGGAGGGCAAAGGUUGCCAAAACCCUGCCUCAAAGAAGGGUUAUUCAUUGUGGCCUUCUUCCCUGACGAUGGGUUUUGGUAUCGUGCUCAAAUUCUCACCAAGAAAGGGAUUGCACCUAUCUCUGGUGAUGAGUGGACUGAGCCAGUCAAGCUCUUCUUCCAAGAGGUGGCUCCCGCAAUGAACCACGUCUUUGUACGCGUCAUUGAUCGGGACUUGGAUGGAAUUCUGAGCGUGAUAGCUGUUGAUGAAUCACGAGGGGAUGGAUUGAGCUACAACAAACUCCUUGUCCAAGAGGGAUAUGCUGCAUAUUUAUAUGACACCAAUGGACAGCUUGAAGGGUCUGGCAAGGAUAUGAAGCAAGAAGAUGAGUUGAACUGGAAGGACUUUGAUCCUAUGAAGGAGGACUUUGAGUCCCGUCGCAAUGCAUACGACUACGAUGUGGAUGAUGCGGGGAUUGCCAUCACGGGUCACAAGGCCCAAGAUGAGGCAACAGUGUGCAAGUUCUUUCGCAGUAACAAGCCAUGCCCUCGCAGAGACCUCUGCCCCUUUCGACACAUCCUUCUCCCAGAAGAUGGGAUGACAACAGACCAAAAGGAGAUCUACAACAACAUUCCCAAGCCAGAAAUCCCAUGUGAUGACACACUUCUCAUGGUCCAAGUCACUGCCAUGUACCACCCAUCCCACUUCUACGUGAACUUUCCUCGGGGGAUUGGGAACCUCCGCUCCAACGACCUCAACUUGAACGGACUGAUGGAUUCAGGGUCAUCGCUUGUGGAGGAGUUUUCACGGGAACUGCACGAGCACUAUGACAAGCGGCGCUUCAUGUCUUCCAUACAUGAAGUGCCUGCUUUAUCUGAAAUAAUUGUUGCCUGUUCUCCCGGAGAUAAACGCUGGUAUCGGGCUCGUGUCAUUGGCUACGGGGACGAUCAGGAAGGAAUGGUCAAGGUGUUUUACUUGGACAUGGGAUUCAUGGAGAUGGUACCAGAGAAGGACCUGCGAAUCCUGGAUCCAAAGUUUGCCUCCACGCCGGCCCUCGCACUGGAAUGUCGUCUCUUUGGGGUCCUGCCCUCUGUCGGAUUCAAGUGGAGCUCCGUUGCCAAGUCUUACUUCAUGAGUCUUAUCUCUUCUACUCUUGACACCUUCCCUAUUCUUGCUUGGAUUGAAGGAUGGGAUCAGCAAGAAGAUGUCCUCCUGGUGAGUCUAUUUGCAGUGAGGGACAAGGUCCAAAACAUUGGAGCGAUGCUUGUUGAAAAGGGACUUGCCCGUCGAGACCUGCCUGAACGCCGCUUUCGCGACCCCCCCAUCCCAGCACACUCAUGAACUGAGAGGAUGAUGCUACUAAUCAUCGCAGAGUCUCCUUGCACAAAUCAGAAGUUCUUGAAAUAUUUUUCCCAAAUUUAUGUCUUUCUUCAGAUGUGUUGUUAUGGUCUUCAUUCUGACUUGAUGACUGACAAGUCUAAUAUAGCCAUAGUAACAAAGAAUUGACAAACUGGAAGAUCUUUCUGUGUGCUUGGACUAAUGAGAGCUUUUCUCCUUGUUAUUCAAUGUGGGUAAAAAAUGUCAAGAUCUUAUACCUCUGUGUAUUGCCUCCUGAAGUUUUCUUUUCAGGAAUUCAGGUAGUGAAUUUUUUUUUUUAUAGACCAUGUACAUGAAGAAAUUCUGUAGUUUUGUUUGCUCCCAACUUUUCUUUUUAAGUUUCCAGUUUCUCAAUUCACAAAUUUGGGAAAGCAUUUUUGCAUGAAAAGCUGAAAAGUGACAAUAACUCAGGAGUAUAUACCAUGGUCUUUCAAGGGCAAGACUACCUUUGGUUACUACAUGCCUCUUUAUGCAUUUUCUGAAAUUUCUUAUUGGCAUUGAAUAGAUAGACAUUGAGAUGCUGGUACUCGGGCAUAAACAGUGAGCUUUCAAUGUAAUGUUUUUUGCUCACGAAAAACUCAUUCAAAAUGUUGCAUGAAUGUUCUCAUUCUCACUCAAAUGCAGCUGAGAUCCCAGGUGAGGAGAAAUGUGAUCUGGUGCAUUCAGUAUGAAAGUCUUUCUUGCCGAGAGAACUUUACUUGUUUGUUGAAGACAUUUGGAUAUUAUUCUGGACUAAGUCAUGUUUUAUUUCAAGAUAAGG